UAGUGUUAGAUUUAGAUCAUGGAACAAUACUAACUUAGUCUAGUAUAGUAGUAAUAGUAUACUAUAGACAUAUAGUAAUCUAGAUCUAGAAUAGUUAGUUAUAGUAAUCUAAUCUAGAAAAUAGUGUUCUGUAGUCACAGAUAAAUAAAUAAUAAAAUACUGUAGACAGUCAGUCACAGUGUGAGUGUAGUCUAGAACUAGACUAGAAGAUCAAGAUCUUCAUUCAUGGCAGACGACAUUCAUGUGAGAUUAUGUUUGCAAGAAAUUGUAAAGCUUGAUCUGGAAGCUAAAGCAAUAAUACAGGACAUAAGACAAGAAGCCAAUACUAUGGAAAAGCUUGAUGAUUUUAAUGCUAAAGGUCGACAAAAAAUAUCUGACCUCAGAGUUAAGAUUGCGGAUUUAGAAAGACUUGGUUUGGAACAAGAGUCCAGUAUUGACAAAGAUGAGAUUUUGAUGAAUGUGGAAAGUUUAAGACAGAAAUUGUCCAGAACAGUUAGUAGUUUACGGCAAGCAUGUUUGAUCACUAAAUUGGAAAUUGAUAAGUUAGCUAAAGAGCAAUUGCUGAAUGGAGUGUCGACUUUUAGAAGAAGAAAUCAAGGGAAUAAAGAGACUUUAGUCAAGACAAGUAGCAAUAUCACCGAAAGUUUGAUGGGAUUAAAUCAGCUAAUGGCAGAGCAGGUCAAGCAAAGUGAGCUGAACGUCACAACUUUAGUUAGUUCAUCUGAAGUUGUCAGCGACACACAGGAUGAGUUCCACACAAUGGGAGGUCACAUACAGCACUCUCAGCGCCUUCUUACCAAAUAUGGCAGGCGAGAAUUCACUGAUCGUUUACUCAUUCUGCUUGCUCUAAUCUUUUUUUUUGCCACUGUGCUCUAUAUCGUAAAAAAGAGACUUUGGCCUGUUUAAAGUUGUAUGCUGCAUUAUUUAACAUAUGUUUCGCCCCAUUCAACCAACUAGUUUUACCUCUAAAGUAUGUAGGAACAUCCAAUGCAACAAAACAAAUGUGCUUCAGAAGACAUAGGUGCUUUGACCAAUGUUGUUCAGCCUUUUUAGCAAAUCACCCAUGGUCAAGUCACUGUGUCACUACUGUAUUUCAUACCUAGAAAUACCUAGUACCUGCACAAACAAAUAAGUUGAGAAAAGCAGUUUUCUUUAAACUGGAGGUAGAACAAUAAGCUAAGAAACUUGUGAUAGAGCCUCCAUAAAAUGUUUAUUAAAUAUUGUACUCCACAAUAUGUUUCAAAAUGUUCCUCCUUAAAGCCUAUGUACUGAAAAAUACAGAAUUAUAUACAAAACUAAAUAAUGAAAUUCUUGAAUAUUUUAAUUUAAAAAGAAAUAUAGCAAUGUGAUGUUUAUUUCUUUUAUAAAUUCAGUGUUGAAGUAUUCUUUUUUUUUUUAAGUAUUCUAGUAGAAAAUUUUCAUUUUGAUAAAUCUAUAUGUAGAUACUAGAGUAGUAAGCAAAAUAAUAUUUAAAGUGUGGAGCAAUAUGUAUUGGAAAAUAGUAUCAGGUAUUUUGUUUUUGUUAAAUGUAGUCACAGAUUUCAAUAAAUGACAAUUAAUUGCGAUCGAUGCAAGAUAAAUUAAGCUGGAAUAAAAUGUCCUACUACAUA